UUCCGAAUUGUUUUUAUUUUUUGUUAAGUUUGUUUUGAGUGCUUGACUUAAUACAUUUCCUUCGGGAAGAUAUUGGUUUUUGUUAGUAAAUCACAUGGCAAGUGAUGAGUGAAGCAUAUAGAGAGCAGCAUCCGCUCCUGUGCGACGAAUUUUCCGAAGAAGAACAGUACGGACCCGACUACCCGCGUCGGUGCCGACAGGCGUAUCGUGGCUGGGCCCGAAACAACAUAAAAGGUGCAGCUACUAUCAUCACUCGGUGGCCGGAUCAUUGGUCGGCUACACUCACUUACUGGUGGAUAGGUCUCAGCAUGAUAGCCGUAACGAUUUUUGUCAUUUAUAACGGUGUGAUAGCUUUCGCUUUGUUGCCUCCCAACAACCUUAGACCUGCUAGACCAAGAACAUUGAACAAAAUAGAAAGUACAAUAUACAAUAACCAUUCCACUCUGCCCAAUAUCUUUUUGCAUGUGUUUGUUAAUUCAAACGACAAAGUAGAUUUAAACAAGUACAUGCCUUACUUAGAAAUAAUUUCUGAAAAACAUCACAAUUUCAAUUACAAUUUCAUUAUACUCAUCAACGAUACAACUACUAUCACAAAUGUACAUAGCGCUGAAGUAAAUAAUGAGAUUGCUUUCAAUUCUUUAUGGGCUAAAGAACAUAUUUAUGAAAACCCAAAAACUAAUAAAGGUAACAUUAAAAUCAAAUAUACCUCAUUAUCUAAAUAUUUAGAUGAAUCUCCUUUAAAGAAUGAUUGGAAGAUUCUUCCAUAUCAUUUCAUUGAAUUUCUUGUAAGAGCCAUUUCUGUUUGGGACAAGGGAGGAAUUGCAGUUAAUCCUAUAAUCCUAACACCAAGAUCUCUUCACGUUGUUUACAUAGAAAAAUUGAAAGCUAUCUUGCAAAAAUAUGAAAAAGUUGAUGACAUAAAAUCAAGUGAACUAAAAAUUAAAACUCCUUCAUUUAUGGAUAAGUCUAAAAAGAAAGUGAAUAAUAUACGAGAUAUAAUAGACAUACUAGAAGGUGAGGACAAUGCAUAUAAUAGCAAUUUUACUGAUGACAAUUUAUCCGAAACCGAAGACAGAGAAAAUGUUGUCGUUGCAAAGGAUGAACGUACAUUGAGAUCAACUGGAUCUAAAGUAAAAAGUGAUUUCGCAGAGUCAGUUCAUUACUCAGUAAUUCAUAACAAAAUGCAGUCUCUGUCAAAAAUUAAUGACACUGAACACUUAGGAGAAAAGCAGUAUUUUGAAAGCCUCAAUAAACAUCAUGAAUCCCAGAAUUCUAAGAAUGUUCAUGAAAAUCACAAUGCAUUACAACUUCAACCAAUUGAUAUAAACGAUCCUUCGAAAUUUAGUUUAUUGCCAUUGUUUCUGGAAUUUCUUUUUCACGACAAAACCAAAUUUCGCAAGCUUCACAUGCCUCCAGAGAACAUCACAAGGCACCGCAAAAGUGUUCUACCUAUCAUCGAGCAUCUUAAACAAAACAUAACUGCUACUGAAAACAAAACCAAUAUUAUCAACAAGACAGAAGUAAAGGACACUGGUAACUACAAGCCUAUGAUAAUAUCUGCAAAAGGUGUUGUUAGUGACGAUCUUGCCAAAAAAGGAGUAAAUGGAAUAUUAAACAAACAUGAUAAUAAUGAUUACGAACUGACUAUUGAUUUAGCAGGCAAUAUAAUUGCAACGAAAACUGCCUGCCAUGCUUUUAUUGGUACUAUUUUCAACGAUGUUCACAGGACCACACAAGAAACCGUGAAAGAUUUCAUAAUAGCUGAACUAUCAUAUUUUUGUAAAGGACUUUUAUCAUCUUGUAAGGGAAUCGACGUGAUUUUACUUUAGUCCAUAUUUGUUUAAACUUAAUUUAUUGUUAUUUUAAUUAUAGAUUCUUGUAAUAAAAUGUAGUAAUUACCAGUUUGUGACG